CUUCAGUUUCUCUUUCACUCUCACCAGGAAGUAGCCUCUGAGUAGCUUGGAGACAGCAGCUUUCUAUUCACACUCGGAGGACAGGCUUACCUUACCUUCAAGGACACGGGCCCCAGAUUUCAGUGUGAGCAGUGGAAAGGACCUAGAGGAUGCCCCUUUAUCCUGAGAAUCUGGGCUGCAGCUCACCCAAAGUCAGCACAGGGACCACCAUAAUUGCAGUCGAGUUUGAUGAUGGAGUGGUGAUCGGCUCUGAUUCCCGUGUCUCUGCCGGGGAAGCCAUAUGUAACCGAGUGAUGAACAAGUUGUCCCCGCUCCAUGAACGAAUUUAUUGUGCACUGUCUGGUUCAGCAGCUGACGCUCAGGCUAUUGCCGACUCCGUCAAUUACCAGAUGGAGUUACACAGCAUUGAAACUGAAGAUGCUCCAUUAGUUCAAGCUGCUGCUACCCUGGUCAAAAACAUCAGCUACAAGUAUAAGGAAGAGUUGUUGGCCCACCUAAUAGUGGCUGGAUGGGACAGGAAGCUGAAAGGCCAGGUCUACGCCACUCUGGGAGGAAUGCUGAUCAGACAGCCCUUCUCUGUUGGUGGCUCGGGGAGUGUCUACAUUUAUGGAUAUGUCGACGCCACUUAUAAAGCUGGAAUGAGCAAAGACAAGUGCCAGCAGUUUGUGACCAAUGCGAUCACAUUGGCCAUUGGGAGAGAUGGCUCGAGUGGAGGAGUGGUGUACCUCACAACCAUUGCAGAGAAAGGCACUGAACACAAAGUCAUUCUGGGCAAUGAGUUGCCUCAGUUCCAUGAUGAAUGAAAAUCUGUGUUUCACUUCUCAAUAAAUCAUUUCCACACUUAAA